CCGGACCAGCCCGCGCGCCACCGCUUCCAGCAGCAGCAGCGCCUGCCGGGCGGAGGGUCCAGUUUCGCGCCGGGCGGGCGAGGGCUGAGGCCAAGGCGGAGCGGCGCGCGGGGGCAGCGAAGCCCCGGGGGAGGCGGCAGCACUAUGGCCGGGCCCCCGCCGCCGCCCCCGGGCCAGGAGGCGCCGCGCUACCAAGAGUGGAUCCUGGACACCAUCGACUCGCUGCGCUCGCGCAAGGCGCGCCCGGACCUGGAGCGCAUCUGCCGCAUGGUGCGCCGGCGGCACGGCCCGGAGCCGGAGCGCACCCGCGCCGAGCUGGAAAAGCUCAUCCAGCAGCGCGCCGUGCUCCGCGUCAGCUACAAGGGAAGCAUCUCGUACCGCAACGCUGCGCGGGUCCAGCCGCCCCGGCGAGGCGGAGCGCCCGCCGCCAGCCCGGCGGCCCCGCAGCGGCCGGCCCGCACUUCCCCGCCCAGCGCUCCCGCCGCCACCGCGACGCCCCGGUCCUCCCAGCGUGCAGCGCCUCGCGCAGAGCCAGCCGCGCCGCCGCCGCCGCCUCCUCCGCCGCCUCCUCGUCGGACCGGACGGGAGCGACCGCCGCCGCCCCCAGCCCCGGAGGAGCCCUCCCCCGUUAGCCUGCGAGAAAUCGUGCGCUACUUCGGCGGCGACGGCGCCGCGCCGGGGGGCGGCCGGGUGACUCGAGGCCGAGCGCAGGGGCUGCUCCAAGAGGAGAGGCUGGAGAGGACCCGCUUGGGUGGCGGCGGCGGCGGCGGCGGCGGCGGCGGCAGCAACAACGUCGCCUUGCCCAGGGCGGAGAGAGGCGCGCAGGCCCGGGCCCCCAACGCCAGGGCGUACAGGAACAAGAAGGCAGGUGAGGAGGCCAAAGGUGAAGAGGAGGAGGAGGAGGAGGAGGAGGAGGAGGAAGAUGAAGUCUCCACCAUGUCUGAAGGUUCAGAGGUCGCCCAAGAUUAUGAGGCCAGCAACUACAGCCGAUCAGGGAUAGGCCAGCUGAACGGGGACUGUAAAGACAGCAAGCAUGAUGGGAAAGACAUCCCACCCAGCAGUGUCCUCCCCAGAGACCUGCGCUCCCUUGAGGAGCACUCCUUGAACAAAGGAUCCGAGCAUCCCCACCAUGAAGGAAAUGAGCGAUGUCAUACCAGGGCCUCUUGGCCUGGAGAAAGUGCCUGUCAGCAUCUGGGGGGCAGCAAGAAGGAUGGCACCACCUAUCAGCAGCCAGACAGAGCAGUGUCACCAGCUGUUGCAGGUUCUGAGCCCUCGGUGCCAUCCUCUCCUGGGAGACCUGGCAUCCAGGCAGAUGGGAGACCAUUCAGCUGCACCUCAGUGAAGGAAAAACCUUCUGACCCAGUGGAAUGGACUGUCAGUGACGUGGUGGAUUAUUUCACAGAAGCUGGGUUUGCGGAGCAAGCAUCUGCCUUUCAAGAGCAGGAGAUCGAUGGGAAGUCUCUGUUGCUGAUGCAGCGCACCGACGUGUUGACAGGCUUGUCUAUCCGUCUUGGACCUGCGCUCAAGAUCUACGAGUAUCACAUCAAAGUGCUGCAGCAGUGUCACUUUGAGGAGGAUGAGGGUGACUCGUUCAUGGGCUGAGGCAAAUGGGCACAGCUUGCAAAGGGGGGGAUGGGGGACUUCGCCAGUCGCUACUGUCUCAGCCAUUUCAGCCUUCCUCUGCCUCCAUGCAAGCAAGACAUCAGCUAUGUGGGAAUGGCAAGAGCUUUGAUCAGACAUUGCGAGAGGAGGGGGGCAGAAAUGAUGACCCCAGCUUUGUGGCUUCUAUAUCCCGAUUGCCCAGAGAGAGAGAGAGAGAGAGAGAGAGAGAGACGGCCAGGGUGGGAGGACUGCAAAACCCCUUCCUUCUCCCAUCCUGUGUGUGUUGUAACUCCUCAGCUUCUCACUCGCCAUAGUGCAUUGUCUGUUUCAGGAGAGGGUGGAGAGAUGCAGUCCUGCUUCUCUCCACUCUCCACCUCAAUUUAAUGGAGAUAACUUGUGCUUCAGCUCCUCCCGGCCCUCCCACAGUAGCACUUGAUGGUCCCAGCUGCUCCCUCCCUCCUUGCUGUGAUUGGCAAGACAACCUGCUGGAGGAGUCAAGAGGUUUUAAUCAAGUAUCUUUUUAUUCUUUCUGUUUGUUAGGCUUUUCUUCCAAUUUUCAUGGUUGUUGCCUGGAGUCAAUUGCUUUUUUUUCUUCCCAUUUUUUAAAAAUAUAAAUAUUUAAACUGAAAAAAACACACACUUGGUUUAGUAUUUCUAGACCUGUUAGCCCUCCAGAAGGGACAUUGGAAUGGCUAAAAUUAAUUAGUGUCUAAGGGAGGUAGAAGUCCUCCGUCCAGCCUUCAGCUCUAGGGGGUGAUUAUCUGGUGCUGUUUGCUAUCUGGUUUUAAGAAGAGAGACGUCGAGGAACGAUAAGAAUAGAAAUCUUUCUGAUUAGCCCAAAGUUGGGAGAAGUAUCCAAAAGAUCUGACUUAACAUGUGCCACUGUGAUCAAUUGGGAAAACUGAGUUGUUGUUUUUUUAAAAAUGCACAUUACAUGUGCAGUAGCUGUUGCACAAUCACAGGAAAGUCUGGAAUGAAAUGUUUGGAAAAGGACUGGUCAUGGUGCAAUUAACACUGUAUGUAUGGCACAGCUCAAACUGUAUUCUUAUGGGAGCCAUUACAGAUCAUAUAUCAGCAGUGUAAAAACUUGGAGGACUAAAGGAGGAAUAGGAACUGAUCAGUAGCUCUGUUCUUUUUUCAAAAUAUGGUGCUUGGUUUUGCUACUCCUGUAGCACUGGAAAUGAGUCUUCUCUUGUUUAAAACAGGCCAAGCCCAUCUAGAUAAAUUGUAAGAGCAAUAGUAAAAUAUGAGCCGCCUUGGCUAUGCUGGAAACACACUGCACAGAAUUUAAUUGCUUAGGAAGCCUCUGUAUACCAGCUUGAAGUAUCCUUGAAAAGACCAUAGGAGCUGGAACUUUGCAAAACUAUUGGGAACUUUCUACGCUGCAACUGCCAGGGUUCCUUAUUCAGCAGCCAUGACCAAUGGGUUACAUUUAGAAUGUGGGCGUGUUGGUGAAUACAGUGUUAGGAUCAGUCGGUACAGGGGGUUGCUGAUGCCCUGUUCACUUGCACCCCAGAAACAUAGUAUUAUGGCUAGGUAAGCAGGCACUGUAUUCAUGUCUGGAGCAGUGCCUAGUUACACAGGAGCACACUGAAGUUAUAUUCUCAAAAAUUUGAAACUAUGAGGGCUAGAAACUUAUUGUUUGAACUUAAAAGCAGAGGUUCUCAAUGUUGUAGCACAAAAGUGCCUCGGGGCUUACAUACUGGCUGCAUGUUGCCCCCUAUUGCACAGGAUCCUAAUAUUUUGUUCAGAGCUGGGAAUAAAAACAAACAAAA